AUGCGACUGCCACCUCCCGAGGUCGUGGCCUCGUGGCCGACCCCGAACUACACCAACCCUGAGACACAAGCACCCACGCUGCUCAUUGUCGAGCUAACAACGCUGUCGAUUGCUCUCAUUUGUCUCGGGUUGCGGCUCUAUGCCCGGAAAAGGAUUCUGGGCCAGUAUGGGUGUGAUGACUGGCUCAUGAUGGGCGCGGCGUUCUUCGGUACUGCCGUCACCACCUGCGUCGUCUUGGCCUUUGUCCGAUACGGUUGGGACAUCCACGUUUGGGACUUGACCCUCCACGAGAUGGUUUCCGGGCGGAAGGUUUCGUUUGCCGCCCAGGCCCUGUUUGUCCCGGCUACCUCGCUGGCCAAGGUGUCGAUCCUCGUCAGCUACCUGCGCCUCGCUCGACACUCGCUGAGGUUCAGACGGGCGAUUUAUUGCGCUAUAGCUUUCGUCGUGGCACUAAAUGUCUGCUUCCUCUUUGUCGGAAGCGGCGACACUGCUCAGCCAAGCCAUCACGACGGCCGUUGCCGACUUCGUUGUGUGGGUGUUGCCAAUACCUGCCCUCUACCGUGCCAGGAGACGUACGACGUCACAUGGUAUGGCUUCCACUUGUGGAUGUGGACGGCCGUCGAGGUCCAUCUCGGCAUCAUCUGCGGCUGUGUCCCCUGGCUCAAGUCCCUGUUCAGGUUCUGGCAACGCCAGAGAGAUUUGAAACGCAACAACCAGACCGCCACGAAUCUCAGCGUUGCCGAACUCAUCGACACCAAAGGGAGACCGUGCCGUCAGCAUUCCGAAAGAAAGAACGAGAAAGCGGCGAAAGGGGAGUCCCUGGUGAGGGUGACUAGUGUUGGGUCCGCGUCGACGAGGCGGAGCAGGGGUUCGGAAUCGAGAUGGGAUCGCGCUAGGGAAGAGUGGGAGGACCUUGAGAGAGGUUCAAUAUAUAUUAACCCGGGCACAGCGCCGCCGGUAGAACCAGCUUCCAUGUUACCGCGCAACCUGCUGGUACCACCAGCCCACGCAGCGCUACGAACCGACAGGCCGGUGGGACCAGUCAACGAGCUUCCCCCCGACACACCGGGAUUGGCGUUCUGACGAUACAGCAAACAAGAAGAAAAAACUCUGGAAGAGAAUAGAAAAAUAGAUACGAGACCCCAUCUGACCAUCAUCCAUUUAACCACCACGACAUACGUGAUCCCCCAACUCAGGGGUAAGGGCUGUGCCGGUCAACUCGACCGAUAGUCAACGGCCGGGUCGUAGCGCGAAUGAGCAAAAGCAUCGGCCUUUGUUGGUAAAUAAUAAUAUGCAGAGUGAUGCAAUGAGGAACACUUGACCUUGACAAUCUGUCUGAGCGGCCCGGCCCUCCCCAUGGCGUCC